AUGUCCUCAGAUCUUGAUGUCCUUCCAGAGGAAGAGGAGGCUACCCAUUUAAGGGAAACUUUGGCGUCUAGUAUAGAGGAAACGGACUCGCGUUCCCAGUCUCAGCUAAGCUCACCUGAAACUGAGCUGCAGAGCACCUCUGUAGUCAGGCCUAAGUCUGAUCUAUCCGUAUACGUGACUGAAGAAUUGUCGAAGAAGGUUUCCGAGGCUCUCGGCUCUCCUACGCUCCCUCAACAUCAUCAGCCCGAGGCACCGCAGCACGGCCAAAGACUAGGCGGAACGGUGAAGAGAACAGCGUCCGUUCGUCGAAGAGCAACAUAUGAGACCAUCUAUGAAUCUUGGGAUGCCGACAUUGACUACUGUUACGAGCAUGCAGCAGAGUCAAAUUGUAACUUCGACUGGGCUCGUAAUUCAUUUGAUGAACCACAACAGGACGCAAUUGACGUCCGCAUCACGAGUUCCCAGGUCGAUCCCGUGAAUGGAGCCAACAAAAUGCACCUGCUCCCGGCCGCGCAUUUGAGCACUUCCACAGUUCCUAGAUUGGAUCUGGAGCCUAGUCCGCCCCCUUCGUUUCCCAGCGCGCAAGAAUCCUUAACUCCGUCCACCGCAAGUUGUGAAAUUGAGGAAGGCGGCUCUCAGCGGAACAGUGAUUAUUUCCAACCAGUCAGUUCUUCAAUGUUUCCAUCGACCUUGGGAAAACACUUGACCCAUGAUACCCUAUAUGAGGAGUACCUGGCAGGCGAUGCUGAAUCAGAUCGGCACUUCUCCUUCUGCUCACAAGGAGUGAUCCAACCCAUGGAACAACCUGUCUCACCCCGGAGUAGUUUCUCUCCGAUCAGCAAAUGCAACUCUGAAGAGAGCCUAAUCUUAUCCCGUGCGGCAUCAAUUGUCCGCAAGCACCGUUCUUCCGUCUCGACCACUAGUGUUCCGGAGCUUGUGCACAGCUUGGCAAAUAGCCGAGAGUUGUCCACGGUAGACCAAGCCACCUCAGGCGAUCACUCUCUACCCUCCGGGCCUGGACAACCGGAGCCGUCUUAUCAUCGUCAAACGAAAAGCCUGGCAAGAGAUAUCGAGACUCAGGUUGCUUUUCGAGCUGAUGGCAGUUUGAUUCUUGAAUCUGCUGGGCUCAUGCCAAAUUCGGGUCCUGCUAUCCAUGAUCGGGCAAGAUCCUCAUCUGAAGUAGAGGCGACCAAGGCUGAACUCCCUAUCAGAGGAACACAUCGGCGAAAGGGCAGAUCAUCGUACUCGCUCUUUCCGUCUCCCGCAACUUCCACUAACGUGCUGUAG